UUCCGACAAGAUUCAAAAUCUGAUAUAUUUGAGACGAUCUCCGGAGACGAGUCCCUGAAAAAGAACUACCGUAAAAUCGCCCGACGAUCCAACCUCGGCCUCGCUGAACAAACUUUCAUGUAUACCGCGACCGAGUCAGAGCUUGUAUUUGAAAAAGAUGAUACUUGGUCCACAUGCUUCGAGCGGUUAUGCUCUUCUAUGGAGACAAAUGAGGCGACUGCGUUGGAAAUCUGCAUCAUUACCCCCGACACCACGAAGCUUGGCCAUGUGUUUUCCUUCAUUCACAGAAUCUUCCUUAUCAGCCAUCAUCGCGUUCAACACGCCUAUUCCGUGCCAAGUCAAAUGAUCAUCCGAAUUCUCCAAAGACAGUGGGGAUUAAGUGAUGAAACAAUGACCGAAAUUGUGGAAAGCGCAUGUGCGAAGGAGCUUUCUCUCCCGGCAUGGCAACCAAAGUUGCCAUCUCAUCGUAACAAAGGGCAAGUAGAAGGCUACGUCCAGGUGCCACUAAAGUUCGCGUUCAAGUGGAUUAAUGCUCCGUACUAUGCGACAGAUCUUUCAGUUUACGUGUUUAGGCCAUAUGGAAAACAUCCUCAGGUAAAUAGUUUGGAUGUUAUAUUAACAUCCAUGGAAUACGAGCAGAUUCGGCGGGCGAUUGUGGUUGUGAACUCUCACAACAUCCUAGCGGAGUUCCGACGCGACUUUCUCGCCACGCAAGUCUUUCAGCAUGACGUUUGCGGCCUUUUGUAUAUUAUGCAGCUCUUCCGGUUUGUAUGUACUAAGAUCACCGGUGAGCUUGUCACUUUCCUGACCAAAGCAUGCGACGAUAUCAAUUAUAUGACAUACGAAGCCCGAAUUCGUCCCUCUGGAAGCAAAAUGCAGUAUCUUCGGCACCUAGAAGACUGCCAUCGCGCCGCCAAAGAUUGCUGUCAAACAAACCGAUGUGUCAUUCAGGUGCUACUCGACCAAGUCAACUUGAUUCAGGGGCCACGCAUCGAAGAUGAGAUACGGCUAGUGAAUGAGCUUGAAAUGGUGAUUAAUGAUUUAGACUACCUUCAUGAUGAAAUUAACUCUUCGAUGCAAAGAAUACCCGGUGUAUGUCGAGACAUUCGUGAGCAAUUGGAUUUGGUCCAAAUACGUCGAACAAGCAUCUUAGGGAUUCUCGCCGGACUAUACUUGCCACUUGCGUUUGUGACUAGCUUUCUAGGUAUGAAUCUCAACCAAUUCCCGGAACCUCAAGGCUCUUGGCGCAAUUCCACCUGGAUUGAUCCAACCAAUCCGGAAAAUAUAACGAAGUUCUAUUCCAAGAUUGUGGACUCUGGAGCCAACAAAGCAUGGGAAUUGGAAACCUUCUUCGAGAUUGCGAUUCCGCUUAUGGUUGGCACAAUCCUUGUACCCCUUCUCAUUGGAAGCAUGAUUCGAGAAACGUUUGCACGUGGAAGAACUUGGUGGCGUCUUCUGUUUGCUUUUUUCACUGUCGGGUCAGUUGCUAUGAUUUUGAAGAGCCUG